GAGGUGUGGAAAAGACGAUGAAAUGUUAAACAAACGUACCAGGCCCUGUGUGUGUGUGUGUGUGUGUGUGGAGCAGCACCAGAAACCCGGACCUCAACUCCUGAAGCUGUUAUCACUUAAGAAGAAGGCCAUCCAAAAUGUCUGCCGCCAAGCGUGCCAAGGGCAAGACCACCAAGAAGCGCCCCCAGAGGGCGACUUCUAACGUCUUUGCCAUGUUCGACCAGUCCCAGAUCCAAGAGUUUAAAGAGGCAUUCAACAUGAUCGACCAGAACCGCGAUGGCUUCAUCGAUAAGGAGGAUCUGCACGACAUGCUGGCCUCUCUCGGAAAGAACCCCUCAGAUGAGUACCUGGAGGGUAUGAUGAGUGAGGCUCCGGGUCCCAUUAACUUCACCAUGUUCCUCACCAUGUUUGGAGAACGGCUGAAUGGAACAGAUCCUGAAGACGUCAUAAGGAACGCCUUCACCUGCUUCGAUGAAGAUGCUUCAGGGUUUAUUCAUGAGGACCACCUCCGUGAGCUGCUGACCACCAUGGGCGACCGUUUCACCGAUGAGGAGGUGGACGAGCUUUUCCGUGAAGCGCCGAUUGACAAGAAAGGGAACUUCAACUACACAGAAUUCACCCGCAUCCUGAAACACGGAGCCAAAGACAAGGACGACAUGUAGACACACCAGGCCCUGCGUCCCACCAGAGCAUGAAAUCAGGGGUUAGAAAUUCUCAGGGUAAACAUGCCUCUGUGGAAUCAGUAUUGCUCACUUUAUCCUAAACCCAGGAUCAGAAAGAUUAUCCCAACUCAGCACUUUUACCCUGAGAGUUUAAUUAUAGUCAUAUCUUGAAGGAAUACUUCAGCUUUGCUCAACCAAAACUUCUGCAUCUGUGUUAUUCUAUAUUAUCUAUCAUAUUUGAAAAAAAUAAACAAACAGAAACAAAAAAAUAGUUGAUUGAUACACAAUUAUAAUUAAAGGAUCUAAGGGUCAGUUGCUGUAGCAUCAGCAUACUGGCUUUCAAUAUACAGUAAGUGUGCUUUAAAAUGAAUGGACUUAAAAUAUAAAAGUUAUAUCAACCGUAUGUGGCAGGACAGGAUUUGGUUGAAACGCGCUGCAGCAUUUCUUUUAGUCUAGCACUGAAUUAAGAAGGAUACAUUUUAGUCCAAGGCUAACUUUAAAUGAGCAUUUUGGCCUAAAACACUAUGCUAAUUGUUAUUUGUAAUGUUAUGCAGUACUCUGUAUAAAAUCAUUGGAUUGGUUUCACAUAAUUCAGCAUUUUAUAACCGUUUCUUGUGUUCAUUUAUUUUACUACAAUUCCCAGCAUUCAAAUACAAAUACAAAUGUGUUUUGAGGAUUGCAGAGAAUUCCUUUGGUGCCAAUAGAAUACAGAAUUUGUGAUGUUAUUUUGUACUUGGCACAAUCUUUUAUUGACCACUCUUGCGACUCAUGUGACAUGGCUGUUGAAUGUGAUUGGCAACUUUACAACAAACAUAGCAAUGGAUACAAUUUUUUACAAGUAAGACCUUAUGUGAGUUAAAAUUUGAACUGUUUUUAUACUGUUCAUUUUAUGGUGAAAGACGAAGGAACUCCACCAUCCAUUGGAUAAAUGAAGGUAAAUAUGGAACAUGAAUGUAUACUCAAUCUCUCUCUCUCUCUCUCUCUAUGUCUCUCUCUCAGAAUACAGAAGGACUCAAUAAAGUAACACAGCUUUUGUGUCCACAGUCUA